UUCUUAAUUGACCCAAAACUCCUAAAACCCGAGGAACCAGAGAAAAGCAAUUCUCCAUUUCUCGUUGUACCCUCUCUCUCUCUCUCUCUCUCUCUCUCUCUCUCUCUGCUAUUUCUCCAUCGUUCCCAAAUCGAAAAACCCACAAAACCCAUUUUUCUAGAGAACCCAUAUCGCCAUUAUCGCACCUAAAGAAGGUUACUUCAUACCCAUGGAUUUUCAAGUUGUAGUUUUAGCAGGUGGCGUCUCAAAAAGCCUUGUCCCUCUUGUUUCCAAGGAUGUGCCAAAAGCUUUGCUUCCAGUUGCAAAUCGUCCGGUGUUGUCUUAUGUGUUGGAGCAUUUUGAGGAAAACAAUCUUAAGGAUUUUAUUGUUGUUGUUGAAGGGGAAAGUGCAGCUCUUCUUGUUGGGGGUUGGAUAUCAAAUGCUUAUGUUGAUCGAUUACACGUUGAGGUUGCAGCAGUCCCUGAGGAUGUCGGGACAGCUGGAGCUCUUAGGGCCAUUGAUCACCACCUAACUGCAAAAGACAUUUUGGUCGUGAGUGGUGAUCUUAUUUCUGAUAUUCCUCCUGGGGCGGUGGCAGCUGCUCAUAGACGGCAUGAUGCUGCAGUGACUGCAAUGCUUUGUUCUACUCCUAUCAGUGGCCCAUCAGAGUCAGGUUCCUCUGGUGGAAAGGACAAAGCCAAGAAACCGGCACGCCAUAACAUUAUAGGACUGGACCCUACUAAACAAUUUCUGUUGCAUGUAGCUGCUGGAGCUGAAGUUGAGAAAGAUAUUCGUGUCCAGAAGAACAUUCUCCGAGCAGUAGGCCAGAUGGAGAUUCGUGCUGAUCUAAUGGAUGCUCAUAUGUAUGCCUUCAAGAGAACCGUUUUGCAAGAGGUUCUGAAUAAGAAAGAAACUUUUCUGAGCUUGAGGCGUGACGUGUUGCCUUAUCUUGUGAGGAGCCAGCUAAGAUCUGAAUUAUCACAAAAUGGAGUGCUAGCAGAAGAAACUGGGAAUUCUAAGCAUGUUUCUGAUAGUAUAAUUAUGCUGUCACAACUGCUGACCAAUGCUUCUACACAAAGUUUUCAUGAACUAUACGCUUUGGGUCCUGAUGGUGCUGCUCUGUCUCCAAGAAAGACCCAUAAGUGCUGUGUAUAUAUUGCCAGCAAGAGCAAUUACUGUGUACGCUUAAACUCUAUUCAAGCCUUUAGCGACAUAAAUCGAGAUGUCAUAGGUGAUGCAAGUCAUCUGUCAGGCUAUUCUUUCUCUCCUCAGAACAACAUCAUUCAUCCUACAGCCGAACUUGGUUCAAAAACUACAGUUGGACCACAUUGUAUGCUGGGAGAAGGUUCACAAAUGGGUGACAAAUGCAGCGUGAAAAAGUCCGUCAUUGGCCGACAUUGUCGGAUUGGCUCGAAUGUGAAGGUUGUCAACUCAGUCAUAAUGGACCAUGUUACUAUCGGAGAUGGUUGUUCGAUCCAAGGUUCUGUUAUUUGCAGUAAUGUACAGCUCCAAGAACGUGUCGUACUAAGAGAUUGCCAGGUUGGAGCAGGUUAUGUGGUUUCAACAGGCAGUGAACAUAAAGGAGAAUCCUUGGCAAAGAAAGAGAAACAGUAAUUGUUUUUAUCGGUAGCUUACAGCGUGAUCAACGUGACACUGAUAUCCCUACGACUUUUGUUGCUUUGGCCUGCCAAUGAUACACCCAUCCACCGAACUCCAUGGCAACAAAACGGAGCAGAGGCAAUUUUGUUUGGCAUUCUUGUUUUGGCUAAACAUUUUUUACGUUUUUGAGUUUUUGUUGUUAGGGUGAAUUUGUUGUAGAAUUUACAUAGUAUUUGAUAAUCAAAACUCGACAUACUCCAUUUGAUAUGAAAAAGUAGCUACUGUUUAUUUCCUUUA